UUCGCGCAAGCGCGGACGGAUCUUGUGGACGCCGACAAGUCAGUCUUAAUAUUUGUUUCCCCACUUUGUUAAUAUUUACUCCCUAUAAGAUACAUAUUUAAUUAUUUAUUUAAGGAUGAAAUCGUCUUGGCGCGUGAGUAAGUUUGCUCGCUCGUUAGCUUAGCUCACUAGUUUAGCUUGGCUCGCUAGUUAGCUUAGCUUGUUAGCUGCUAACAGAAGACACAGAAGUUAUCAACACAUCGCUAAGUAGAGAUUAAGUGUGAGUGUCAAAGUGUUGGCAUUGUGUGAAAAUGUCUACAUUACACAUGUUGAGAGCGUUGGUGGACCAGCGACUAACUGCUGCCGUCGAGGAAAUAUUUGUAGUGUUAGAAAGAACGAUAGCAGAAUACGAGGCGGAACUUUCUAGAACAAAGGAGGAGAAUAAUCAACUACUGGACGCUGUCUUCAAGAAACAUCAAGAUGAGUUACACAGAACAGGCCUCGGUGAAGAACCUCUACCUCAUGAGCCGGAGGAGGAACCACAGUCCCCCCACAUACAUGAGGAAGAAGAGGUACCACAUUCCCGACACAUUAAAGAGGGAGGAGAGGUACCACCGCUCCAACACUUUAAAGAGGAAGCAGAGGAGCCACAGCUCCAAGGCAUUAAAGAAGAAGCAGAGGAGCCACAACCCUCCCACGUUAAAGAAAACGCAGAAGAGCCACAGUUCCGAGACAUUAAAGAAGAAGCGAUGGAACACAGCAUCAGUCAGGAGGGAGAGGAUGUUGAAGGACUGGAGGAGUCCCCAGGUACUGGUGUCCCUGUGAAGGGUGAAGAUGGUGAGGUCGAAGGGGAAAGUGAGGAGAAGAGAGAAGCAACAGAAGCUGAUGGAGACCACUGUGGAGGAUCACAAGCAGACAAGCUCUUAGCUCCACUAUCAGAUAGCGAGGACACCACGUCACACUCGUCCAACGCCGAUGUUGAAGACCGUAAAGACGACAAGACGUGUGGUCGUGACAAAACUCUCCUGAGGUGUUUUCACUGUGACAAAACCUUUACCCUCAAGCAGUCUGUAAAGAGACACAUGAAAAAUCACACCGGAGAGAAUUCCUUCCCGUGCUCGGCGUGUAGUCAAGUGUUCCGCGUGCAAGCGGACCUGAUAAAACACGCCACAAUCCACGCGCAAGAGAAACGUUUUUCCUGUUCAGUGUGUGGCGUGGCGUUCACACGGAAAGAAAGUCUGAGAAUACACAUGAGAACUCACCCCGGAGUGAAACCUUUUACCUGCUCGGUGUGCGGGAAGGGUUUCGUUCGAAACACCACCCUGAAUCGACACAUGAAAACGCACACCGGGGAGAAACCUUUCCAUUGCUCAACCUGCGACGUCUCCUUUACGAGGAAGGAUCAUUUGAAGGCGCACACCAAAAGACACAGCAGAUCAAGACCUCAUUCCUGUUGCAUCUGCGGCACUCGCUUUAGAAUGAGGAGCUCUUUGGAGAAACACCUGCAAGGACACGCCGGGGGGAGAGUGUUAAUUUGCAGCAUGUGUGAUGAAAGAUUCUCCGAUGAGUACCAACUUGACGGACACGUGUGUGCUAGUGAGAACGGCGGCAGUGGAAUGGGAAAGCGCUCCGCGUCUCCCAGGCAGAACCCAAAUGAUGAUCGGGAUCAACACCAAAGUUUAAUCACUUGUUCCUUAUCCCAUUUCUGACACGUCCUGAAAGUUUCAUUAACUUUGAGUUACUUUUCAAUUGUUUCAAUGGCAAACAUCCGGCUUAAUAGUGAUUCCCAGAGCCCAAAAAAAGUCUGCGGGCUAUAGAGCGUUUUCUAUUGGGGCUCCAGUACUCUGGAAUGUAACAGCUAGAGAUGCUUCCUCAGUAGAAGCAUUUGCAUCCAUCCAUUCAUACAUUUUCUACCACUUAUUCCCUUUUGGGGUCGCUGGUGCUUAUCUCAGCUACAAUCGGGCGGAAGGCGGAGUACACCCUGGACAAGUUGCCACCUCAUCGCAGGGCCAACACAGAUAGACAGACAACAUUCACACACUAGGGACCAUUUAGUGUUGCCAAUCAACCUAUCCCCAGGUGCAUGUCUUUGGAGGUGGGAGGGGCCUAUCCCCAGGUGCAGGUCUUUGGAGGUGGGAGGGGCCAAUCCCCAGGUGCAGGUCUUUGGAGGUGGGAGGGAGCCGGAGUACCAUCUUAAAACUCAUUUGUAUACUCUAGCCCAGGGGUCACCACGUGGUGCCCGCGGGCACCAAGUCGCCCGUAAGGACCAGAUGAGUCGCCCGCUGGCCUGUUCUAAAAAUAGCUCAAAUAGCAGCACUUACCAGUGAGCUGCCUCUAUUUUUGAAAUUGUAUUUAUUUACUAGCAAGCUGGUCUCGCUUUGCUGGACAUAUUUAAUUGUAAGAGAGACAAAACUCAAAUAGAAUUUAAAAAUCCAAGAAAAUAUUUUAAAGACUUGGUCUUCACUUGUUUAUAUAAAUUCAUUUCUAUUUUUACUUUGCUUCUUAUAACUUUCAGAAAGAUAAUUUUAGAGAAAAAAAUACAACCUUUAAAAUGGUUUUAGGAUUUUUAAACACAUAUACCUUUUUACCUUUGAAAUUCCUUCCUCUUCUUUCCUGACAAUUUAAAUCAAUGUUCAAGUAUUUUUUUAUUUUUUUAUUUUUUUAUUGUAAAGAAUAAUAAAUACAUUUUGAUUUUAUUCUUCAUUUUAGCUUCUGUUUUUUCGACAAAGAAUAUUUGUGAAAUAUCUCUUCAAACUUAUUAUGAUUAAAAUUCCCAGAAAUUAUUCUGGCAAAUCUAGAAAAUCUGUAGAAUCAAAUUUAAAUCUUAUUUCAAAGUCUUUUGAAUUUCUUUUAAAAUUUUUGUUCUGGAAAAUCUAGAAGAAAUAAUGAUUUAUCUUUGUUAGAAAUAUGGCUUGGUCCAAUUUGUUAUAUAUUCUAACAAAGUGCAGAUUGGAUUUUAACACAUUUAAAACAUGUCAUCAACAUUUUAAAAUUAAUCUUAAUCAAAAAUAAUUACUAAUGAUGUUCCAUAAAUUCUUUUUUUAAUUUUCUCUUCAUUUUUUUCGGUUGAAUUUUGUAUUUUAAAGAGUCUAAAUUGUAGAUAAACUACCGUAUGAUUCAAAAUGACGUUUUUAUUUUUUUUGUGUUUUCUCCUCUUUUAAACCAUUCAAUUAAGUGUUUGUUAUUUUCAUCAUUUAUUAUCUACAAAAAACUUGUUAAAGGAAAAAAAAUGUACGACGGAAUGAGACAGAAAUACCCAUUUUUUAAUAUAUGUAUAGAUGUAUUUAUUAAAGGUAAAUUGAGCAAAUUGGCUAUUUCUGGCAAUUUAUUUACGUGUGUACUUUUCACUAUUAUGUUAAAUCCACUAUGGACUGGACUCUCACACUAUUAUGUUACAUCCACUAUGGACUGGACUCUCACUAUUAUGUUAGAUCCACUAUGGACUGGACUCUCACACUAUUAUGUUAGAUCCACUAUGGACUGGACUCUCACACUAUUAUGUUAGAUCCACAAUGGACUGGACUCUCACUAUUAUGUUAGAUCCACUAUGGACUGAACUCUCACACUAUUAUGUUAGAUCCACAAUGGACUGGACUCUCACACUAUUAUGUUAGAUCCACUAUGGACUGGACUCUCACACUAUUAUGUUAGAUCCACUAUGGACUGGACUCUCACACUAUUAUGUUAGAUCCACUAUGGACUGGACUCUCACACUAUUAUGUUAGAUCCACUAAUGGCUGGACUCCCACACUAUUAUGUUAGAUCCACUAUGGGCUGGACUCCCACACUAUUAUGUUAGAUCCACUAUGGACUGGACUCUCACUAUUAUGUUAGAUCCACUGUGGACUGGACUCUCACUAUUAUGUUCGAUCCACUAUGGACUGGACUCUCACUAUUAUGUUAGAUCCACUAUGGACUGGAUUCACACUAUUGUGUUAGAUCCACUAUGGACUGGGCUCUCACUAUUAUGUUAGAUCCACUAUGGACUGGAUUCUCACACUAUUAUGUUAGAUCCACCAUGGACUGGACUCUCACACUAUUAUGUUAGAUCCACUAUGGACUGGACUCUCACACUAUUAUGUUAGAUCCACCAUGGACUGGACUCUCACUAUUAUGUGAGAUCCACUAUGGACUGGACUCUCACUAUUAUGUUAGAUCCACUAUGGACUGGACUCUCACUAUUAUGUUAGAUCCACUAAUGGACUGGACUCUCACACUAUUAUGUUAGAUCCACUAAUGGCUGGACUCUCACACUUAUUAUGUUAGAUCCACUAUGGACUGGACUCUAACUAUUAUGUUAGAUCCACUGUGGACUGGACUCUCACUAUUAUGUUCGAUCCACUAUGGACUGGACUCUCACUAUUAUGUUAGAUCCACUAUGGACUGGAUUCACACUAUUGUGUUAGAUCCACUAUGGACUGGACUCUCACUAUUAUUUUAGAUCCACUAUGGACUGGAUUCACACUAUUAUGUUGGAUCCACUAUGGACUGGACUCUCACUAUUAUGUUAGAUCCACUAUGGACUGGACUCUCACUAUUAUGUUAGAUCCACUAUGGACUGGACUCUCACUAUUAUGUUACAUCCACUAUGGACUGGACUCUCACUAUUAUGUUAGAUCCACUAUGGACUGAACUCUCACUAUUAUGUUACAUCCACUAUGGACUGGACUCUCACUAUUAUGUUACAUCCACUAUGGACUGAACUCUCACUAUUAUGUUACAUCCACUAUGGACUCUCCAUGGUUUUUCCUAGUCAUUCACAUCAAUGUGUACUUCUGCUAAUAUUUAAGAAGUGAUGAUGAUGUUGUGGUUCAGUUUUCCAAAACAAGUCUCCACCGUGAUGGUGCCAGCGAUCCUUCCACAUGUAUAUUAUACAUUAUACAAUAUAAUCAUGCACACCUUUUGUUAGAUCAACAUUGUUGUUUGUACUCGCAAUUUGAAAACCAGCGCUGUAUCCUUUGCAAGAGACCUUGUAGAAUAAAGUAUCGUUUGUUCAUG